CCCGAAUCCAUUCGAAGCUGAAGACUUCUGGAUCUCCCCAAGCCGUCUUUAGAUCGCAGAGAGCCUCCCGUUAUUAUCGUUCUAGUUCUUUUAUUACAUUAUUUAAUAGGCUGUCUCUACAGAGCCAAACGAGCUUUAGUAGGCUAGCUCUUUUUUGCCUCUCAGUCUCAGACUCUCCCUGCGCUCUCUCCGCCAAAACAAAAUUGCAGGAAAAGUUGCUGGGGGCGGCGCAGCCGCAGAUUUGUCUGUUAGAGAUGUGCAUCUUUUCCUUUUUUUCUUUUUUCUUUUUCGUAACAAGUUUGUUCUCAGCCGUUAUCAAACCAUGCAAAUGAGAUUUUCCAACAGGAUCUCAAACAAAUCCGGAGGAAUUAAUGCUGAAACAAAAUAGUCAGUCCGGUUUUAAAGUGACUGCGGGUUUCGGGCUCUUUUCUGUCUGUGGUACUACUGCAAGGGAAUGAUAAUUAGACCUUUAUUUUAAAAAUCCAAAGGGGCUCUCUCCUUAGCUUCCCUCCCUUAGCCCUCCCUCCUUCCUCCCUCCCUCCUCUCUUGCUCCCUCCCUCUCCCUUUCUCUCCGGCUCUGAUGUUGGCAAAGGGGUUUUCUUAAUCAGACUGUUUUUUCAGUCCGAGGAAAAGGAGGUAGGAGAUUGUGAUGGAGAAAGGGGGUCUGUAAAACGUCAGGCGCCGCACAAAGGCUUUGCCACGUAAUUACAGGCUCCUAUUAAGUGGAGAUCUGCCCUCCCAGGGGUCUCCAAUUUUCUUGUAUUCCCUACAAAGCCUCCUCUCCAUGCCAGUCUGUGCCUUUUGAAGUGCCAGAGAGCUUCUUGAUCCAACUGAGAAGGGAAAAGGAGCUGCGCACGGAGAAGGGGGAGAGAGCGGAGGGAAGGGGGACCCGCCACCCUUCUGCAGACUCUUGAAGCCCCACUUCUUUAUUUCUUAUUUUUUCCUCCUUCGAAGAGUAAAGUGAGAAUCCUGCUCUCUAAUACAUCUGCAAGACAUCACUCUCCUGAAAUUCUAGUCACUCCCGAGAAUCCACAGGAGUGCAGAGAGGGGGAACGCGCUUUCUUGAAGACAUUUUAAAGCUGGAACAAGCCUCCUUCUGUUGGUGCUUGAACUCUUGCCGGGGAAUAACUUUUUUAACCUCUUUCUCUACUUUUUUUUUAAAACCCACUUUGAUUCUUCUCUCCACCCCUUCUUCUCUCUUCUGUUUGCCUAACUCCCCCGCCCUGUUGGCCUCCCCUUUCCUCUCUCCCCCUUAUUAUUAUUUUUAGUGUCUGCGUUGUAGACGCUUUUUGAGAAUUGGAAGGGAUUUUUUUUUCUUUCUGAUUUAAGCUUAGCGUGUUUGUUUGUUUGGUUUGGUUUUUAAACUUUUUUUGGUGUGGAUUAUCUCUCUGGACCACGCCGGACUUGGCUUCAGCGAAGCAACCGAAGCUGGGAGAAAGUUACUUGUGCUGAAAGUUCUGCACUUCAGAAGGGGGUUUCUCUCUCUCUCUCUCUCUCUCUCUCUCUCUCUCUCUCUCUCUCUCCUCCACUCCCCCCUCUUUCUUCCCCACUCGGCUCCUCUCCCCCCUCACGCCCACAGCGUUUGGUGUUGAUUCGAGCGGGAAGAGGGGGGUGGGUGGGAUUGGAGGGAAGACCAUGACCUCCAGCUACGGGCACGUUCUGGAGCGGCAACCGGCUCUGGGCGGCCGCUUGGAUAGCCCUGGCAACCUCGACACCCUGCAGGCGAAAAAGAACUUCUCCGUCAGUCACCUGCUAGACCUGGAGGAGGCCGGGGACAUGGUGGCGGCACAGGCGGACGAAAGCGUGGGCGAGGCGGGCCGGAGCCUGCUGGAGUCACCGGGACUGACCAGUGGCAGCGACACCCCUCAGCAGGACAAUGAUCAGCUGAACUCUGAGGAGAAGAAGAAGAGAAAGCAACGGAGAAACAGGACAACCUUCAAUAGCAGCCAGCUGCAGGCCUUGGAGCGUGUCUUCGAGAGGACCCAUUACCCGGAUGCUUUUGUACGGGAAGAUCUUGCACGUCGGGUGAACCUCACGGAGGCCAGAGUGCAGGUGUGGUUUCAGAACCGAAGAGCCAAGUUCCGCAGGAAUGAGCGAGCCAUGCUGGCCAAUAAAAACGCUUCUCUCCUCAAGUCCUACUCAGGAGACGUGACUGCCGUGGAACAACCCAUUGUACCUCGUCCUGCUCCCAGACCCACCGAUUAUCUCUCCUGGGGGACAGCCUCUCCGUACAGAUCUUCGUCCCUCCCAAGAUGUUGUUUACACGAGGGGCUUCAUAACGGAUUCUAACGGAAGACACUGAAAAGCGCCAUGGCUACUUAUUCUGCCACAUGUGCCAACAAUAGCCCUGCGCAGGGUAUCAACAUGGCCAACAGCAUUGCCAACCUGAGACUGAAGGCCAAGGAAUAUAGUUUACAGAGGAACCAGGUGCCAACAGUCAACUGAGGAAAAAAAUAAUUAAACAGGCCUAAGAAGAAAUCAAAAA